UCAGUAAUAAAAGAGAGGCAUCCUCACAAUUAACAAGCAUUAGCUAAAACCUAUCACCUGAGUGAUCAACCCACUGAGAAUAAUGGAUUGCAAGAAUUGGCGCACUUUUUUGAUUGUGCUGCUUGCGCUUUCUGGAAGCAUCACCCCUGCAUCUGGUACCUAUCGUCGACCUUCCAAAGUUGGACUCGUGUGCUGUGAGGCAGUUUCCAGAGCAAUGAUACCGGCUCAUGUAGAGCUUACUGCAUACAUGCGCCAGAAUGCCCUGAAACCUUGUGUGGAAGCUAUCAUAUUUUUGUCUGAGAAUGAAAAAUAUUGCUCGGACCCUGCUGCACGCUGGAUCUCAAAGAAACUGAAAGGUUUGAAACAGAUCAAGGACUGAAAAUGCCAGACAACUUGCUUGCAGCAGCUUUCCUGAUUUUUUUUCUGACACAUAUUAAGAAAAGGUUGCAUUACUUUUAUUUUUACUAAUUUUGCAUUAUUCCUUAUAUUGUUAUGCCACUUUGUGCAUGGACUAUUAAUAAUAAAAUUUUAUUUUGAAUUUAA